AUGGAUGAUGAGAGAAGAUUGCAGCUACGUGAGCUAAAUUUGAGGGCCUGGAGUGGCUUGGAGGUAGCUCCAGAAAAGGAAAGGAAAUUUGAUUCCAGCAUCAAACGUAAUACGGGAUUUAUAAAAAAGUUGAAGCAAGGAAUCACGAAGGACUCCAAGGCAUCGUUGCUCAAGGAUUUGAGAGAAGUGUCUUUGGAGAAGUAUUUGUCAGAAAUCAUUAACACUGCAUAUGAAGGAUUGUCUAACGUUUCUAACAAGAAUGAAGAUGUAGUGGCCGCUGUCGAAGUCAUAAGCGGACUGCAUCAAAGAUUUGGCCAUACUUUCACCAGUAAGUUAUUGGGAUUGUUUUUGAAUAACUUCGCCAAUCCUAUUGAUACCUUAUUUGUUGAAAAAGAGGAACCUCCCAGGAUAAUCAGGUUGAAAGCAAAUCUACGCGUAUUCACUGAGUUGUAUUUAGUUGGCGUGUUCACAACAUUAAAUGAUAUCGAAUCAAAAUCUGAUUUACCCAUGUUUAUACAAAAGAAGUUCUCUAAGAAGGAGCCACUCCUCUCCAGUAUUUUGAAAGAAGUUUUAAGCUAUCAAUUCAAAGUAGGAUAUACCGCCGGCAUUGCUACUUCAUUUAUACGGAAGUUCCCAGAGCUUUUCGAUAGCGAGAAGGAAGGUUGGAGCAAACUUAUAUGUGAGGAAGAAUUGACAACUUUAUUGUGCACACUAUUCAAGGUGUUUAUGGAAGCAGCUUUCAACAAAGCUUCGGAGCUACAUAAAAGAACCAAGAAGCUCAUGAAAGAACAUGAAAAGUGUCAAAUUCGUACCGGUAAAGUCACCGAUUCGUAUCUUGAGGAGCAUGAUUCGUUGCUACCUGUAUUUGAAAGAUUCAAAUUGGCAAGUUUUCAACUGGCCGAAUUCUUUAAAGUCGCACCUCCCGUGCUCGAAACGGAUAUCGAGCCGCAAGCUGUCAAUGAACCUUCCGUUACUGCAGUAAUAUCCAAUGCGUCGGUGGUUUCAGGUAAAAGGGGCCCGUGGGAGAAUGAGGAUGCAAGAAAAUUUUACGAGGUGUUGCCCAAUGUUGAAGACAUAUACAAAGAAUAUACCAACAACAAAACUGAAGCAAGUGGCUCAAUUAUCAACGACUUUUUCAUUUCUUUGGAAAAUGCCGAAACAAAGGAAAUGAUAGACCAGGCAGCCGUUGAUUAUUGGAAGAACAGUCUGGAUAAUAAAGCAACGCGAAAAAGAUUUGUAAAAUUUUUAAUAGAAACACAUGACUGGAGCAAAUUAAGUCUCUAUGCUAGAUUCUUAGCAACCAAUGGUAUCUAUUUUUCCGACAUAAUUGAAGAGAUUAUUUCCUAUUUAGACAGCGGCUUCAGGCAUCAACUUCAUUCGAAUAGGAUAAACGUUAAAAACAUAAUCUUCUUCAGCGAGAUGGUUAAGUUUAUGAUGAUACCAACAUUUAUGAUCUUUCACAAAAUAAGAACAUUACUUUUGAAUUUACAAGUGCCGAAUAAUAUUGAAAUCUUGACCGUGGUAUUUGAAAAUUUGGGGAUAUUUCUGAUAAAUAAACCUGAGUUCCGGUCACAUAUGGAAAAGAUGACGGAUUUAAUAAACGAUAAGAAGAAAGACAGACAACUUAACAUGAAUUUGAAAGCAAGUUUGGAAAACUUGCUGAAUCUUGUUUACCCACCUUCAGUGAGCGAACUGAACGCUGAUACUGAACCCCUUUCAGCUGAGCAACAUUUCUACCAUAUACUUCUGCGAAGAGAGCUAGGAAAUUUUCCCUUGAAAUACACUGUGAAAUUGCUGCGCAAAGCGGAUUGGAGAGAUCAGAAAACGCAUAAAACAUUAUUCGAGCUAUUCUCACAACCUGAAUAUGUGAGUUAUCAACAUAUUCAAUUUCUAGCGCAUUUGUUAAAGGAAUUAUACAACUAUCAUAAAAACUUUGCCAUUAUGUGCAUUGAUCAGGUCUUGGAAAGUGUGGAAAGAGGGCUAGAGAUUAAUGAUUACAGCCAAAAUAUGCGCCGGAUUGCUCAGGCCAAAUACCUUACUGAAAUCUACAAUCAUGAACUUAUAGGGCCCCUAGUUUUAGUGGAUACUAUUUACCAUGUUAUGAAAUUCCGUCAUACAGAAUCACAGCCGUAUCUAUUCUCACCAAAUGAGUUUGAUCCACCCGACAACUAUUUUAGAAUUCAGCUGAUGACCACUAUAUUACUAAAUGUAACCAGAACUCCUGCGGCAUUUGCAAGUAAGCUUCUUUUACUUUUAAGGUUUCUCGAAUACUACACCUUUACCAAAACUCAGCCGCUUCCAAAUGAAACGCAGUUCAAGAUUGAAGGAACCUUUAAAAAAUACGGUGGUCUGAUCAUACCAAAUUUAGAGAGAUCCUCGACUAUUUUAGAAAGUGCUACCAGGCUUUCCCAGUCAAUGGCUUCAAAUAAGUUGACCAAUGAUACGAAGGAAGAUGUGCCAAAAAAAGAUUUAACAAAAGAAGAUCUAACAAAAGACAACAGAGCUGAGGAUGCAGUCAACGAUGGCAACUCCCAGGAGGAUUCUGAAAUCGAAGAAGAUGAUGACUACAAAAGUGAUGGCACUGCGGCUGAGGAAUGCGUUUACCCUGCACAUGAUGAUGAGAACGAAGAAGAAUCAAGUCUGGUAGAGGAUGGUGACGACGAUGGCGUUGAAAGGGAGGAAUAUGAAAGUGUUGAAUAUGAAAAUGAAGUUGAGGAUGAAGACGAAGAAGAAGAUGACGAUGAGGAAGAAGAUUACGAUGAAGACGAAGAUGAAGAUGAUGAUGACGAGGGAGACGAAGAUGAGGAUGAGGAUGAAGAUGAAGCUGAAGAUGAAGAUGAAGAUGAAGAUGAAGAUGAAGAUGAAGAUGAAGAUGAGGAUGAAGAUGAGGAUGAAGAUGAAGACGAGGAUGACGAUGAAGAUGAGCGCGACGAAGAUGACAACUACAGAGAUAUUGAGGCGGAGAGAAAAAUUGAGAGAAAAAGAAUAUAUGACCAAUUUCAAAACAGGCUGCAGGAUAAAGAGGAAUGCAAAGUAGAGGCAGAAUUGGAGAAACAAUUUCAGCAAAUAAUGUCUGAGUCAAUAGAUUCCAGAAAAAACGAAAAAAUCGCAACCUGUAAUAUUCCCACAUCAAUUGCAGUAGGCGGAGAUUUUGCUAGACCCACUAUUUUGCGUCGCGGAGAUGACCAGGAGUCGAACCAACCUCAAAAGGUAGCAUUUACAUUUUUGAGUAAAUCGGGCAAGAAAACCCAAUCACGGAAAUUAGAGUUACCUUCAAAUGUUGAUUUUGUCUCUGGAGUCAUCGAAGAAGGUGAGAAGCUGAAAAAUGAGCGUGAAAAAAUAAAGAACAUCGUUUUGCAGCGAACAUUCGACUGA